AUGCCCGCAAUCACAAUGGAAGACGAUCUGGGCAUCGUCUAUCUCGUGGAUAACGCUCAGCAAUUCUGGUCCGAACUGGAGGAUAUACUGGUGAUUCCAAAAGAAGCUAUACCGACUUUGGAGCAACUGGAUCUGACACUAAAGAGGUCAUUAUCAUUGUGCGCGGCGUACCAUGAACAAUACUUGCAAAGCCCUUUCCAACUGGAACACGCAUGUAACAUGCUCCUCGAUACUGAGCUAUUCGUGUUCCACUCUGAACGCAUGUGCGAUAUUGUCACCUCUGAAGCACAAUCCAACACCAAUCCCCACUUCCAAUUUAUCUGUUUCCACGUUCUACUCAGCUUCGGCCGACGACGCUCAGAUUUUUUCCGGUCACAUAAACGCUGGCAACCACUUCUUCCGGUUCUUAUGGACCAUAUCUUAGUGGAAAUCGACUCGGAUGUGGAGGAUACAUAUUUUGGCCUCUCUGCGGGAGUUGGAUCAGGGUCUGGAUACGGUGGCGCGAAUGUUCCUGUACCCAUUGAAGCCAAACUACGGAGCUUAGGCGUUCGAUUACUCUACGAAAUGUGUAGAGUGCAGAAACUGUCUAUCCAGGAUCUCCGGAUCUUUGAUGACUCCUUCCUCGACUAUCUGUUCGAUUUGGUGGAACAGACAAGGCACAUGCAGGAUGACACGUUCAAUUAUUCUGUCAUCAAACUAAUUGUGGCACUCAACGAACAGUUCAUGGUGGCAUCUCUUGGGGAUGAACCCGGGACGAAUGGGAAUGGCGCAAAUCGACAUUACCAAUCGUCCCCGGAGAAUAAGAAUCGAGUAAUGAGGGUGCUGAUGAGGCGGCUAGGCUCAAGUCAAGCUUUUGGAGAAAACAUGAUCUUCAUGUUAAAUCGCGCUCAACGCACGCCAGAAGAUCUUUGCAUGCAACUUCUUGUGUUGAAACUGCUUUAUCUCAUUUUCACUACCAAAGGCACCGAAGAGUAUUUUUAUACCAACGAUCUCUGUGUACUGGUCGACGUUUUCUUACGCGAACUAGCCGAUCUGGAUGAUGAUAGUGAUUCGCUCCGACAUACCUACCUUCGCGUCCUUCACCCCCUCCUCACGAAAACUCAACUUCGCGCAAUACCUUACAAACGUCCACAAAUCCUCUACAUGCUCGAAUCACUUAUACGCACCUCUAACGUACGCGACGUGAAUCCGAUCACAAUGAGGCUGGUGCAAAGAUGCCUUGGGGGUGAAUGGUGUGUAGGAUUGGUGAGGCAGAAACAGGUUAAGGCGGCAAAGGGUGUCAAUGAAGACGACGAUAAAGACAGUGAACUUAGCUGGAAUGUCGCUGAUACGACU